CCCUGGACCAAUGUAUCUUGGUCGCAUGCAUUCGUGCCAUUCCUCGAGUCGCAAAUGAAGUGAACGUCUUCGCCGCAAUCUGUGCGCUUUCGGCCAAAUUCCCAUGGAACAAUCUUCAGUCAGAUCGCAAUUCUUGGCCCCGUUGACACCAUCGUCCGACGUCUCAUUGUCGUGUUGAACUCCGCACAUUUGCUCGUACAAUCGCGUAAGACCACGUACUUCAAGUACAAUCGUGGUUAUGGCCGACGACAACCAGCGGCUUGCGACCUCAAGGUCAGCGCCAGCCCUCCACGCCUCCCCUUCCACAACCGAGGUGCCUUCUGAGAGUACCGAACCAGAGCCAUAUCUGGUCCGCCACGGCUCCAAAACUUUUCGGGCUCCGCGACGAACGUCAACCCAAGAACGUCUCGAUGAAAUUCUCAAGGUCAGUGACACAUCCUAAACACCUGCAAUCAACAGUGACCGGGGCAUAUAUCGGUGGCUGGAUCUUGAUGCCAAGAGUCCAAGCCAGGGACCCAGACGAGCCAGACUCCUAGAGAGGUUCUCGCCGGACUGUUGGCGAAAGUUGCAAGCUUCAAAGCUGUCUUAACCACUGGACACGCCCUUUUCGACAUUGCGAUUCCGGACAGUCGGUCGUCCAGCUCAUCGAGACUGCACUGUUCUUCUCGAACUAUACCGGAGUUACUAUAGUCGGCGCAGUUGCUGGCGUUCUGGUCUGAAGACAUGCUUAGUCGUACUGCUGCCCGCCAGAGGGCCGAAGCGCUCGACACUGCCAAUCCUGGUCUACAACAACAGCCUUUGCUGUCACCUCUCCUGUCGCCUCGUACCACCGAGACCACCGGAGUCGGCGAAGAUACACAGCAAGGCAUCGUAACAAGCCAACCGCUCAAUUACCAAAGUAUGGUACAAACACCUACAUCCAACUCGUCGGCGCGCAAAAGACAGACAGCAAGCCAAUCCGCCGCCCAUAGUCCGGGGGCACAAACGUCAUUGACGUAUCCAAAUAACGAGGGUGAAACUGGGAAUGAGUCGACCGAGCACCAUAAAGUGAGCAAAUGGAAGAAGAGGCUGGAGUACUUUCAGAGCAUUGAGUUAGAAAAUAAGGGUAGCGUCGCUCGUGACCAUCUUGCUUUAGAACGAACGUUUCUCGCAUGGCUACGAACCUCAUUAGCGUUCGCAUCGAUUGGCAUUGCCGUCACUCAACUCUUCCGUCUCAACACAUCGUUAUCGGACGGCAACGACGAUACUCACCAUUCGGAAACACUAAGGCACCUGGGAAAGCCGCUUGGCGCAACGUUUCUGGGUAUUAGUAUCUUGACGCUGUUUCUUGGAUAUAAGCGCUACCUGGUGGGACAACACUGGGUGAUUAAGGGCAAGUUCCCGGCCAGCAGAGGGACGAUUAUGCUGCUAUCAUUCAUUGCCUUGACGGUGAUAGUAGCAUCAUUGAUAGUGGUGCUCGCGGUACAGACGAGUGCCGCGGACGCACGAGGGUAGGAAGCGUAAGGUGAGAGAGCCUCUGCUACAGGCAAACUAGGCCCGUUACGAUAUCUGUGACCCCUGAACCGGACAUUUGCCAAUGCUGUCAGCGAUGCAACACCGUAACCGAAUGGCGAGGUGACGCCGCUAACGACAGCCGCAUCAUUCAAGCCGCUAAAGUUGUAGGCCGGGGGGGCUCAAAAACAUGGCGACAACACGGUUCGCCUUUCUCUGGGUGAACCAAAGACAGAAAGACUAGAGAAAAAUGAUAACAUUACCUGGACACAAAUGAUCAGAUGCACCUCGGCUCUUUUUCCUAUCCAACCAACGGGAAAGCAACGAUGGCCUUCUGGAGAGUCCUUCGCUUGGGCUCUCCGACUCCCCCGUGAUAACAUGGGAGAAUUCCCUGAUGUGCUCCGCUGAAAACGUGUUGAGUGGGGGCUGCUGCCAGGGCGCCAGGGGGAAGCACGUCCAGGCAUCGUCCAGUUUGCAGACCGGACCGGACUGGUGUCGAUCUUCAACCAGGAUGUACACAUUUCAACCAAAUAACUGGAUAUUUUCUU